UUAACUCACCGAAUAAUAAUCUUAAAUUGUCUGCUAACAAACCCUUUCGUACGACAUAUCACAUGAUUAGAGUUGUCAAAAUGGGCUACCCGGCCCUAAACGGGCCGGCCCAUGUGGGCCUCGGGCUUUGACUUCAGCCCAUUUUGACAGCUCACACAUGAUCAAUGUUCCUUAAAAAGUUCAACAGCUUCCUAUAGCUUUGUACCUGCAAUUUCCAAAACCCAGUGUUCCACAACAGAUCUAUAGCCAUGUCUGUGUCUUUACACAUUGCUACUACUACUAUACUCUCCUUGCAUCUCCUUCUCUUCCUUGUCAAUGCUAACUCAUCCAUGGAUCCAUACAAAGUACUCAACCUAAUCCUCAACCCAAACGGCACCGUCACACGCUUACAAAAAAUCCCACAAUCCCCUCCUUCACCAAAUCCAAAUCUCCCCACAACCGCACUCUCCAAAGAUAUCACCAUCAACCAAUCAAAACAUACUUGGGCUCGAAUCUACCUUCCCCACAAACCACUUUCCAAGAAGCUACCUCUCAUCAUCUUCUACCAUGGCGGCGGCUUCAUUUUCUACAGCGCCGCUUCAACUUACGUCCACAACUUCUGCGAAAACAUCGCCAACAAAACUCAAUCCGUCGUCGUUUCACUCGACUACCGCCUCGCACCAGAACACCGUCUUCCCGCGGCGUAUGAAGAUUCCGUGGAAAUUCUUCACUGGAUUAGAACUUCAAACGACGCAUGGUUGACACGUUACGCUGAUUACUCACGUUGUUAUCUCAUGGGAGAGAGUGCUGGAGGAAAUAUCGCCUACAUCGCGGGUCUACGUGCGGCUGCGAUAGUUGACGAGAUUAAACCGAUUAGCAUCAGAGGGUUGAUAUUGAUUCAACCGUUUUUUGGUGGGACCAAGAGGACUCCAUCGGAGUUAAGGCUUGAGAAGGAUAUGAAUCUACCUUUGAUUUUUACCGAUGCGUUGUGGGAAUUGUCGUUACCCGUAGGCGUUGAUCGUGAUUACGUGUAUUCUAAUCCAACGGUGAAUGGUGGUGAUAAGAUUUUGGAGAAGAUUAAGUUGUUUGGGUGGAAGGUUGCGGUUUUUGGGUGUGAUGGGGAUCAACUUGUGGACCGUCAGAGGGAAUUAGUGAAGCUGCUUGAGGGUAAAAAUGUCCAUGUGGUUGGGAAAUUUUAUAGUGGGGGUAGACAUGGUAUUUUUAUGGGUGAUCCUUCCAUGUCUGAAAAAGUGUUCGAUUUGGUCAAGAGUUUUCAAUAAUGAAUUAUAAGUAAUGUAGUCAAUAUUUUGGCAUGUAGUUUGCAUUUUGGAGUAGUAUGUGAGAAUAAAGCAAGUAAUCCUAUCUAUCACUAUUUGUAAUGGUAAACAAUGAGUUAUAACAAACAUACACUUCUCUUAUUUUAA